AGUCUCGUUGGUUCGCUGUGUUCUUUUUAAUUGUGUUGUUCCGUUAACAGAUGAGUCUAUUUCUCAGCUUUUAAGCAUCAGGACUGCAGGAAGAAGAAGAAGAAGAACAGUCCAUCAGUCAGAGAGGAGACCUGCUGGAUUUCACAGACCAGGACCACUACAAGAUCAGAAUGGAGGAGAACCAGAACCCGGAGAACCACGGCGACAACCCUGUUAAAAGAGAAGAACCAGGUUCACCCUCUGCUACCACCGAUAAACAGGGGACAGAAAACUCUGGUUCACAGUCCAACAACAUAGCAGACGGCGGUAAUUCACCUCCACGCUGGUCCCUAAACGACAUAAAACAGGAAAAAGAAGAAGAGUCCAUCAGUCAGAGAGGAGACCUGCUGGAUUUCACAGACCAGGACCACUACAAGAUCAGAAUAGAGGAGAACCAGAACCCGGAGAACCACACCAACAACCCUGUUAAAAGAGAAGAACCAGGUUCACCCUCUGCUACCACCGAUAAACAGGGGACAGAAAACUCCAACAACAUAGACGGUAGUAAUUCACCUCCACGCUGGGUGCUACCCGACAUAAAACAGGAAAAAGAAGAAGAAGAACAAUCCAUCAGUCAGAGAGGAGACCUGCUGGACUUCACCAACCGCAACCACUGCAAGAGCAGAACGGAGGAGAACCAGAACCCGGAGAACCAGAACCCGGAGAACCACACCGACAACCCGGUUAAAGGGGAAGAAGCAGGUUCACCCUCUGCUGCCACCGAUAAACAGACACAAACAGGAAGAAAGGGACUCAAACAUCACCACUGUCAGCACUGUGACAAAGCCUUCCCGACAUCAACAUAUUUAAAGAUUCAUGAGAGAACUCACACUGGAGAGAAACCAUACAGCUGUGACCAGUGUGGGAAAACGUUUGCCAGAGGUGAUAAUCUAAAAAUGCACCAACGUGUUCACACUGGAGAGAAACCAUACAGCUGUGACCAAUGCGGGAAAACUUUGACUAGAGACAGUCAUCUAAAAAUGCAUCAACGUAUUCACACUGGAGAGAAACCGUAUAGCUGUGACCAAUGUGGGAAAUCUUUCACCCUUCUUGGUAAUCUACAAAUACACCGACGCAUUCACACUGGAGAAAAGAUGUACAGCUGUGACCAAUGUGGGAAAGCCUUUACCACAAACAGCGCUCUACAAAUCCACCAACGCAUUCACACUGGAGAGAAGCCGUACAGCUGCGACCAAUGUGGGAAAACUUUCACAACAGAUAGUGGUCUAAAAAAACACCAGAACAUUCAUACUGGAGAGAAGCUGUACAGUUGUGACCAAUGUGGGAAAGCGUUCACUGCAGACAGUACUUUAAAAACCCAUCAACGUAUACACACUGGAGAGAAGCCUUACCAGUGUGAGCAAUGUGGAAAAACUUUUGCUCAUGGGAAUUCCUUAAUAACUCACCAACGCAUUCACACUGGACAGAAACCGUACAACUGUGAACAGUGUGGGAAAACGUUCACUAGAGACACUUAUCGAAAGAGCCACCAACGCAUACAUACAGGAGAGAAACCAUACAGUUGUGACCAGUGUGGGAAAGCUUUUGCUCACAAGAACUCCCUAAAAUUCCACAAAGACAUUCAUACUGGAGAAAAACCAUACAGUUGUAAACAGUGUGGGAAAACGUUCAGUAGAGACAGCCAUCUAAAAAGCCACCAACGCAUUCAUACUGGAGAGAAACCAUACUGGUGUGAGCAAUGUGGGAAAACUUUUGCUCACGGGAGUUCCCUAAAAAGCCACCAACGCAGUCACUCAGCAUCAUGUUGAACAUGUUUUAGAGGAAGGUUAGUGUCAACCCCGCCUCCUCUCAAUGCCUUAAUAACAGUGUUGUUCUAUGCUGAGCUUCGUUACAAACUGAGGGCUAUGAACAAUAACUUUUGAAUCAGCAUUUAUGGCAUUAGCUGCACAUGUGACCAAAUUGUAAACUCAGUGAUUGGCUGUUUCUACAGAAAUGCACUUUGGGAGUCUAACUUCUACCCUUAAAGUUCUUUUAUUUUUCAUUUUUGUGUUUCAUGUCGAUCCAAGUUGUAGAAGUGUUCAAACUGAAUCAUGUAACAUUGACUACGGGGAAAACAGGACUUUUACUUCUGGAACCAGAGGCAUCAGAAAUAGCUCCUCCCACCUGGCAACUCUUUAGUGCUAAUUUAGUAGCUAGCUAAUUUUAGGUAUUUAGCCUAGUUUUAUAGAUUCUUAAUAAAAUUAGUUCAAAUUGAACUCAAUUUGUUUCUGAAGGGCCAUUGGUUUUGCAGCAUAAGGUGUAACAUAAAAGGCUGUUGAUUGAGUAAAAAUUGAUUGUUAAUGUAAAUAACAAAUGUACAAGUUUACAAAACUAAGGAUACGGGAAGAAAAACCCUGUUUUCAGGCUCACCUGUGUGAAUUAUAUAAUUUCCUAUAUUUAUGUGUCAUACAUGGUAAUAAACUUAAUAUCUUUGGGUGCCUUGAACUGUUGAUCAGACAAAAGAAGAUAAUGUCAUCAUGAGCUCUCAGAUAAUAUAACAGUCCCGAACUCUAGACUUGUUUGACAAAUGUCAUUAAGCCUACUGGACGUCACGGACAUGUUGGUGCUGUAAUCAACCUAACAUUAAGUAAUGUUCACUAAACCAAACGUCAGAAAACAUUCACCUGACCUAAGGUCAGGCAACAUUCAGUUAACCUAACAUUCACCUAACGUUAGAUAACGUUCACUUAACCUAAUGUCAGGUAACAUUCACCUAAUCAAAUGUCAGGUAACCUAUUGGCUGAGGUGACUUUUGAAAUGCUCUUGUAUGAGUACAAAUCUUAUUCUCCAUCACAUAUCUAAGGGAUAAGGCCUGACAAGGUGUUCAUUAUCAGGAAUUAAUGGAUUAAUGGACGAUGGUUCUGGCCUCCCUGUCGCCUAUUAAUUCUUGAUUAUGUACACCUCAAAGGACAUUAUCCCAAGUAUACCAUGGUCACUUGCCAAAGAAAAAAAUUUAGACCAUUAACUUAUAUUUUCAUGCGAUUUUCAAUCAAAAUCUAAAGUUUUUCACAAGCCAUAACUCAGUUUCCCUGGUAACACCUGAGGGUUUGACUAAUGCCUGGAUUAAUUAUUACCAUCCCAAAAGGUUUUUAUGCAAUGGAAACACUUGUUUUCUACUCCAGUCAAUGGGAAGAACCUCAGAUACGACGUGGCAGUGGGAGAUAUUCAGUCAAUGACAUUGCGUAUGGGUGAUAAACAGUAAAUAUAAUUUGACACUCAAACAACAAGACUAGCUAGCUAUCUAGCCAUGUCAUUGUCAACAAAUCAAUGUCAAGAUUUUCAUGAGCAAAUGAUAGGCCAUGUGUACUGUUGGCUGCAGUGUGAAGUAGCGAGUUGAACAGCAAGUAGGAUGUGAGAUGAUCGCUAAUGUGAUUCAAGGUAUCAGUAAGUGCAGAGGGGCAGUGUACUUCUUGCAUCUUGUGUGUUACAUUCACCAUCCAGUGGUGUUCAGAGGAUGAAGCACUGAAGGUAAUUCUCCUGGUGUUAACUCUUUGUGCCGUUUCUCCCUUUUCUUUUCAAUUUCUCUUUAUUCAGCUGAAUCCCAGUCAUCAAAGUUGUCAUAUUCUCCAAAUAGACUAAAAGAAGUGUUUAAAUCACUCAUUGUUGUAAUUAGAUGUUAGCUUAUUAACAUGUUGCAAUAAAUUGUAAACGGAGGCUUUGACUGUGUCCCUGUUGCUACGGUUACUCAUUUAGUCAGUGCAUUGAUUUAGAAUGGUGAACAGACAGUUUCACUGGAACUAGAGAGCCCAGUGUUUGUAUUUGUAUCUGUAUUUGUUGAGGCAGCAAAAUUAUUUGUAUUUGUAUUUGAAUAAAAGUGGA